ACCAAGUCCCUCAACAGUUCGCGCUUCUUCUUUGUUGAGCUUCGAGCUUAGGCAGUCACCUUGGGAGGGAACUGCUACGUGUUGUGUCUCUGCUUACAACCAUCCCGCAACCACACUUACCCCCAAAAACAUAAGAAGAGGCCAGCCAGUCAUCAGCACUCCCUACAGCUUGCUUUGCCCUCGCAAUCACCAUCAUCAACACAUCCGCCACCGCAGACAUGACCCUCAAAGUCCACCAUCUGACCGUCUCGCAGUCGGAGCGAGUCGUCUGGCUGUGCGAGGAGCUCGGCUUGGACUACGAGCUGGUCGUCUAUGAGCGCGCUCCCAUCUUUGCGCCGCCCGAGUACAAGGCCCUUCAUCCGCUCGGGGCCGCACCCGUGAUCCAGGACGGUGAUCUCACCCUUGCCGAGUCGGCCGCCUGUGUCGAGUACAUCUGCCAGAAACACGGCAACGGCAGGUUCAUCGUCAAGCCCACCGACAAGAACUAUGCCGACUACCUUUACUGGUUCCACUUUGCCAAUGCGACCCUUCAGGCCACCCUCAUGCGGAACUUCACCUUCAAGUCCUCCGGCCUGGGUGACGACAACCCAAUUGUGCAGCGCUUCACAGCCAAGCAGAAUGAACUGCUCGCCUUCAUCGACAAGCGGUUGUCACAGGCGCAAUACCUUGCCGGCGACGAGCUCACAGCCGCUGACAUCAUGGCUGUGGUCUCCCUUACUAGCAUGCGCUGCUACAACCAAUACAGCCUUGCUGGAUACGACAACAUUCUCGCAUAUCUACAGCGCGUCGCCGCCCGCGAGGGAUACCAGCGAGCUCUAAAGAAGAGUGAUCCGGACCUAAACAUCGACCAGCUCGUCGGCGAGGCGCCCCCACCCCUGCAGAAGGGGAUUGCUGCGCGGUUCAAAGAGCUUCAGAAGAGCAAGGCUUAAGUGUAGGAUAUCUAAUCGUAUCGAUUGAGGAUUAAUCCCCGAAGGCGGGGGACAAAAGGGGACUUCGCCGCUCAGAUAGACAUGGCUCAUGUACCAAUUGAAAUCACUUUUGCUGUCAAAU